GGAAGCGACAGCACGGAAGGAGCGACAGCAAAUCAAAGCCCUUUCAAGCUCCAAGGAAUCGACUCCAGCACCCUAGAAGCAGCCCUCGCUGCAUACUUUGACUACGCAGCUCUAGUUCUGCCCAUAAUCCACAGGGACGCAUUUAUGGCUGACUACGAGAACCACCAAAGUAGUUCUACCCUCAUUUUUGCGGUGGCUUGUCGAGGUUGUCCUUUUCUCCACGUUUCGGACAAGUGGAACUUGCAGCAGCAAUUUGCUUCUGGAUUCAGGUUAGCAUUUCUGCAGGCGCUAAAUGUUGCACCUGCUCAGAAAACCAUUAGACUUGAUGACAUUGAAGCGCUGGCACUCAUGGUUGGCUUUGCCUAUGAAUCAGACGGGGACAUCCCUGCCCAGCUUCACUCGCAGCUGGGGACCUUGUUCUUGACGCACGAAUCUCUUGUCUUAAUGACGCUGCAGUACCAGAUCCAAUGCCCUCCAACGCUGGAACGAACCGCGGAGCGCAAAGCACUUCUGCUGUGGCACGUAUACGGACUAGAUGCCUUCUAUUGUCUUGAUCGUGGAGUCAUGUCUCGGAUACAAGAAGAUGACAUUGAGGAUGUCAAACCCACGGAAAGCUUCACCGGACAUGAGACAGGGAGUUAUCUCGACACCAUGCUUUCACUGGCCGCUACCGCACGGAGAAUAACACGCACAAUCUGUAGUCCUAGAGCUAAACGCAAGGGAGUCAAAAUCCAGGAUGUGGUAAACCUCUAUGAGCAGCUCUCCAGGUGGGGGCAAGAUUCAUGCCCGUCUCGACUACGGCUCACAGCAGACAUCAACUCUGACUCUGCGAAGCGAGGAGAUAGUCUAUCCUCGAGCACAACGAGCAACAAUUUGCUGCACCGGACAGUGAUUUCACUCUUAGAGCUUAAUUGCUACAUGGAAAUUGAGAGAUGCCUGGAGUUUGGCAUUCACGAACAGGCAUCUGCUGAAGGUGAGAUGCUUGAGCUCCGUAUUGAAUACGAGACGUUGAAGGCAGCCAACAAGAUCUUCCAAACAAUACAACAUAUGGAGACUUUCAAGGGUUGCGGGCAAGCCAUAACAUUGCAGAAUUGGUAUCCCCUGGUCGAUCUCUCUCCAGGCAUUCUGCGCAAUAUUUGCGUUGGUACUUCAUACUGGUUUUGCAGCCGUGCCCGAAAGCUUUUGUAUCUACAAGACCGGGAUGGAUCACUGAUUGCUGCUGAGAACUUGGCACACACAAACCACUCCAGAGCUCUAUCCAGGCAAAGGGCUGAAGAUUACGUGAAAAAGGCGACUAAGCUACGAGAUACCGCGGCAAAAGCUGCGUCCCACAAGGACACCACGCAUGUUGUCAGUCGGGUGAACGAGCAGCUAAAUGCUUUAAUGGAGUUGGUCGACCGAUCCUAAGCACAUAAAGUUCGGCUUGGUUAUGAACCUGAGUACCUACCGAAAAGGUACCGCGAUGGUCCCGUCGAACUUCCGUCUCCGUGAAUGCAAACUUCUCAAAUCCGAGACAUGAUUCAAGUAUUUAUACGGCCUCUCAACUGUCAGAAUCUUUUUCCAUUUCUUUCAAGCUUCUGGUUUAUCAGUUACCAUUGGAAGCUACCUUGACCCGGUUUAUCUAGUCGAAAUGGCAAGCUUCCUUCUUGGCCCUAUUUCUCAGCCACCAUCAGGGCUCUUGAGUUCCCCCUACGUGAGCGCUGUUACUACGAAUCUGUCCACCUCCUUGGCUCAGGCCAUCCGUCAGGGCCAGAGCAUCUUUGGAGAGUUCACUGCCAACUCGUCCUCAAUCUCCAUCACGGCAUUGUCCACCCAGGAUGAUCAAAACGCUCCUUUUUUUGAUUUUCAUUUCUCCUCACCGUUUUUAAAUCAGUCAGCCGGUGGCACUGAAAAGGUGACCAAUACCUCCUUGUACAGGAUUGGUAGCAUUUCCAAACUCUUCACUGUCUAUACACUUUUGGUCAAUUACGGCUGGGAGCAC